AUGCAGGCGGAAAUGCUCGCCGCCAGCGACGAAAGUCCAGCCCGGAAGAUACGUAAAGUCACCCGCGCUUGCGAUGCAUGUAAGAGAAAGAAGAAAGCCUGUACCGGGUAUCUUCCGUGUAGACCGUGCCUAAGACGCAAGGAGGUUUGUACAUACAACACCACCUAUAACCGCGGCGUCGCCGUGAGCCCACCCCCAUCCUCGCAUACGACCCAUCACACAACCCUACAGGGAGCAACAGAGAACUAUCCACAAGACAGCCAUCUGCCGUUCUCCUCCCCAGCUUCCUACACCUCACCGGGUAAGAUCCUGUCGGCGCCCUACCACGAUGCCCCCGCCUCCGUGAUCUCUCCGCCGUCCAUCACGGACACAAGGCAUCAUCAUCAUCAUGAGCCCGAGCUCCAGCGGGCGCAAGUGGCGGAUCAGUACUGGGGACCUACCUCUGCUCAUUCCUUCUUAGAUCGAGCCGCCUUGGGAUUGCCAACGCCUCCAUCAAAUGCGAUCGGGGCUUCGCAUGAUCCCAGUCAUGGCCCGGCCACAGUUCCAAUGGCCAGACUUCGAGACGGCGGAAGCUUAGUUCAUCGAUACUUCGAGUUUGCGUCCCCGACGCACCGGGUGCUUCACCAGCAGACGGUUGAGAAGACCGUCCGACGCCUCUACCAGUGCGGACGACCGGGCGAGGACCGGAUCGGUGGAGUGACGAGUGUAUGCCAAGCCAUUCUCCUGAUGGUGUUCAGCACCGCCACCAUGUUUAAGAUGGAUAUCAAAGGCGCGAUGACAGAUGCCGAUGAAGACGGCUGGCGGACCAGUGAGCUCUAUUUCACGAAGGCGGACGACCUGCUGUCACAGGAAAGCGGUGCACCCAGAUUAGAGUCGGUGCAGGCCAGAUUCUUAAUGGUUCUAUACCUACUCAGCUCAUCACGGGCUCAUCGGGCGUGGUUCACUUUAGGAACCGCCAUUCAGUUGAUCAUGGCCCUCGGUCUCCACAGCCGACGGCGGAAUAGGGACACGCCCGAAGUAAAUCUCAUCCAGCAGGAAUGCCAACGCCGAGUCGUCUGGUGUUCGUAUACGUUGGACAAGUACCUGAGCUUGAUGUUGGGUACGCCGCGUCUGUGGCAUGAUGAGGAUUUGGACGAGAGACUGCCUGCCCGGGUGAACGAUGAAGAUAUCUCCCCCGAUCGUAUCUCGCCGCCAACGCGAGACUGUGUCAUGGAUGCGGCUAUAUUCCAUGCCCUGCUCGCCCGCGUACUAUCUCAAGCCGCCAAGGAGCCGUAUGUGGUAGCGGGCAUCACCGACCGAGAGGAGAUCAAUAUCAUCCGGGGGUUGUGCGAGCGAGUGGCGGAAUGGCAUGCAGAGUUGCCGCCAUGCUUAUCGGGAGUCAUCCAUUCCAGUAGCCUGAUCCCCCUGUUCAAGCGACAACUGACGGUGCUGCAAUUGGCGCGAUACCACGCGCUCAUGUUCAUCACUCGGCCGCUGCUGUUGCGGAAUUAUGGCCAAAUCUGGACGGAUCGGGAGGCCAGCUACGGUCAAUAUCUUCGCGUGUGUCUCAUGGCGGCGAAGGACACCGUUGAGCUGAUCACCACCUUUGCCAGAGACAACCAGCUCUUCCCGGCGUUUUGGUACUCGCAGUAUAUCGCCUUCAAUGCCUUGUCGAUCAUCUACAUCUACUUGAUCCAAGUACGGUGUAACCGAAUUCUACCGCUCAGCCAGACCUACGUCGCGCCGGAAGGUGGUCUCAACCAUGGGCUUGGCUUUGAUGAGUCCACGCUCUACAUCCUGGCGGAGACUGCACAAUAUCAUCUCACACAUGCGACGGCCAGGAAUGCACCAUCCUGGAAAUACGGAACUAUUCUGCAGAGUCUACGGCGAGAGCUUGAGCGGUUAGGAGCACCAUGCGACUACGUGGCAUUGAAUGCGCCCCCAGAACAACACGGCGGGCCCAGGAUAGAGGACAGGAACCUGGAUAAUACAGCGUCAGGAGGCAACAUUUCUCAUACUCAUCCGGAGCCUCGCUACCAUGAACCCUUUCCUGUCGAUGCGCAGACUCUGCCGUUAUUCGAUACUUUCACUCUGGACAAUGACUUGAUUCUUGAUUUGUGGUCGCAGUUGGAUAGUUUACCAAUCAGUGCGUAUCCUGCUUGCCAGUCUUCUGUAUCACUCAAGCUAACAGUCGCCUAUCUAGCCUUGCCGGGAUAG